AAUGGCUAGAGUUCCAGGAAAAAUUGGAUAUCCAUUAAUUGGUGAUGAGUCUUAUGAAUUUUAUAAAGAUUACCAUGCCUAUAUUUCAAAAAAAUUCGAGCAUUAUGGAAAUAUAUUCUGUUCUCGUUUUCUCAACAAACCAACAGUCUUUAUUGGAACUCAUAUGGGCGUUCGUCAGCUUUUAAACAGCCAAUCUAAUGAUUUGGAAAUGGGUUACAAAAGUUUUAUGGAUCACAUCUUUAGUGAUAACAUCUUAUUUGCUAGUGAUUUCGAAGCUGAAAAUUUAAGAAGAGAUUUGAUUUCCAUCUUUUCUCCGCAAUGUUUGGAAAAUUGCGAGGAAGCAAGUUUUGCUACUGAAAUUUGUCAGACAGUUUUCUUAGAUUUAGAUGCAUCAACUGCUAAAGAAACUGCUGAAGCUAUAUCAAAACUGACAACUUCCCACUGGCAUGGUCUAAUAUCCGUGCCCGUAAAUUUGAGAUUGCCAGGUAUUAAACAAUCAGGAUAUAGCAAGGCAAUAGACGCAAAGAACCAGUUGCUAAAGUGGAUAAAAGAUCGAUUGAAAACAUCAAUAAAGGGGUUUCCGUUAAGGAUGAAAGAAACAUUUGACGAAGAAUCAGCUGCGUCUCAUUUAUUACUAUUUUCCACCUCCUUAGUCCCAAAAGCCAUAUCGUCACUAAUCUGCUCGUUUUUGUUACAGGCUACAGCUGAAGAAAAUUUUUUCGAAAAAAUUUCCGAUCAGAAGGUUUUCGACGCUUUUAUAAAAGAAAUUUAUCGUUAUUAUCCACCUAUAUUGGGAGGAAGACGAAUUGCCAAGAAAGACUUAAUUAUUGAUGGCUAUCGAAUACCGGAAAACCAUAGCAUUGUUUAUUUAACACAUUCUGCAAAUCGUGAUCAGAUGAUAUUUGAAAAUGGUAAUACAUUUAACUAUGAAAGAUGGUUAGGAGAUAAAGACAAACCGUGCAUAUUCACGUUUGGCACAAGCAGAAGAAAUUGUAUCGGAAUAAAAAUGGUAUCGAUAAUCUUAGAAACCACCUGCAAAUUACUUCUGAAGGAAUUUACUUGGACUUCGAAUGCAGUAAACGAUUUCCAGUAUAAACCUUUACCGAUUUCCCGACCGGUUGAUGGGUAUAAGUGUCGAUUCAUUCCCAAGGGAACUAUUUAA